AUGUCGAUGUCUCAACAUCUCAAGAGCAAGACCUUGAUUUCCCGCCUGAAACCCUUUCUCCGUCUCGAGAGGUUUCGAAGCGGCUUUGUUGUAGAUGGAGGCCUAGCCCAGUUCUGUACGGACGCGGGAACAUGCUCUGGCUCAGGUCAAGUUGAGUUUUGUAAAUGGAGAAAGCUGGAUGCUACGUCCUUGGGGAUACCAAAGUCGACGUUACCUUCUUAUUCUUGGAUUGUUCUAAAGAAUCUGCGAAGUGCAGGUUUCAACACCUACUUAGUCGGUGGAUGCGUAAGAGACUUACUUCUAAAUAAAGUUCCCAAAGACUUCGAUGUGAUUACAACUGCAACACUUGAACAGGUAAAAAGGAAGUUUCGUUAUGCAAUAAUCAUCGGAAAGCGAUUUCCUAUCUGUAGGGUCAAAGUAAAAGGCAUGAUAGUGGAGGUCUCAAGUUUCGAAACUGCAGCUAAAAAGUCCCGAAGAAAAGAAGUUAGCAUCCCCCAGAGGCAAACACGGCUUAACUCAAAGGACUUAGUUUGCUGGAAAGACAGCAAGUACAGAGACUUCACAAUUAACAGCUUGUAUUUUGAUCCUUUCCGGAAUGCAAUUUUUGACUUCAACAAUGGAGUAAUGGAUGUGAAAUCUCUAAAGCUAAGGACAGUGAUACCAGCUCAAACGUCGUUUCAGGAGGACCAAGCCAGGAUUUUGCGUGGGUUGAGACUCGCAGCUCGUCUUAAUUUAUCUCUUUCAAAAGAGACUGAAGCAGCUAUAUGUAGUCUCUCUUCGUUGGUUGCUGACCUUUGCAAGUCUAGAAUAAACUUGGAGAUUAAUUAUAUGCUAUCAUAUGGAGCCGCGGAGCCCUCGCUUCUUUUGCUGAAGAGGUUCAAAUUGCUCGAGAUAUUGCUACCAUUUCAAGCAGCAUAUCUUUCUGAGCAGGAACAUAAUGGGCUUGACCAGCGUUCUGUAAUGCUAAUGAAGUUAUUUUUCAACUUGGAUCUGUUGAUCACUUGUGACCGGCCUUGUGAUCAAAGUAUGUGGGUCGCAAUCAUGGCAUUUCACAUGGCACUAUUUAGUAAUCCUCAGCAUAUUGUCGUGGUGCUAACCUUUGCCUCACUUCUUUAUCAUCAAACAUGGACCGAAAGUAUCGAGUUUGCUAGAAAAAAUGCUAAGGCUACCCAGAUUUAUGUGCCUGAAGUUUUAGAUGCUUCUCACGACUUAUCUGAUGAUGAAAUAGCUGAAAGAGUAACUCGUUUUGCUGGACAAGUAGCAAAAUCUGUCGAUAUUCUCACCAGAAUCGACUGUCUUAUUGAAGCAAUGACCAGGUUUCGAGAAAUCCAACCCUCCAAUCUGGUUUUUGUAUCGGUGAAUAUGGGGUCAAAGGUCAAGGAUAUUUUUAAAAUUUUGUCAAAAGAUGUCACAUCCUUGGAGGCCAGCAACAAGAGAGUUGUGUGCAUAAAUCAUAAUUUGCUAACAGCAGGGAAGACACAUCAGGUCAGGUUUGUGCUUGGGAAGAUUAUACUGGACAGUUUACUUGCAAUUGCUAAGCAAGAUAAUAUGGAAAUGAAGAAUCCACACCCAGAAUUGGAGGUUCUUGAUCAGAAUAUGAACAAGAGGAACUUGUCAUCAAAUAACGAGUUGCCAAGCGAAAGUGCUCGUUUGAAAACCAUGUUUAAUGACAACAGUGUAAUAACGGACGACAAAUUUGGGCGUGAUAAGAUCCCCAAAGGUAAGCUUUCUAGCCUGUUUUAA